GGAAAUGCAACCGCCUACUUCAAAGAUGGAGGACGAUAUCUCAGAUAUGAGCAGACCACAAAUGUACUUGUUUGGUUGUACCCUGAAAUCCGACAAACGGGAGUUCAAAGUUGACGUAGACGAUGAUGAUACGGAGCAGCAGCUGUCACUCAAAGCAGUGUGUUUAGGAGCUGAGGCUGAGGAUAAGUUCCACAUGGUGGAAGUGGAGGGUCUCACCUAUGAUGGAAAGACGACCAAAGUGCCACUGGCUGUUCUGAAGCCGUCUGUUUUGCCCUCUAUGAAUUUAGGAGGAUUUGAGAUCACGCCUCCAGUUACCUUUCGACUUCAGUCAGGCUCCGGACCAGUUCACAUCAGUGGACAACAUUUUGUCAGUGUAAAAGAUUCAGAGGAUGAAGAGGAGGAGAACAACACCUCACCCGUUAAACGUCCUGCAGGCUUGAUGUUGGGAAAAAAGCCUCCUCAGAAAAAACUAAAGAUGGAUUCUGAUGAUGAUGAAGAAGACAGCGACGAGGAUGAUGACGAUGAUGAUGAAGAUGAUGACAGUGAUGACAAUGAUGCCAAGGCUCCGAAGAACUUACAAAAAGAGCUAAAAAAAAGUCCAGAGUCUUCAGCUAAAAAACUCAACAAGACCCCAGUGAAACAGAACGGCCCAGCAGGAAAAUUAGCUGGAUCAGCGGGGAAAGCUCAGUUUAAGGCACCUGCCCCAGGGAAAGACAAACCCCAGGCUGGGCCAUCGAAAUCUCCCUCUCUGACCGACAUUAAGAACAAGUUGUCAACGGCAGCCAAAGAGGGAAGAAACCUACCGAAGACAGAGCAGAAGUUCGAGAAUUUUGUCAGGAGUUCAUUUAAAAUCUCAGAUAAAAAAGUGGUCAAGGACCUGUGGAGUUAUGUACAGACACUGAAGACUGAGAAGAAGUAACCUUUGUUUAUUGAAUCAUUUGUAUGUUUUGCAUUCUUCUUGAUGUUUAAAGGCACAGUCGGCAAAGUUUCCUACACCUCACCCUUGUCCUGUCGGCGUUGCAUACAGAAGAACAGAGUGAUAAGAUUAGGUAAAGCCAUGAACCCAUAAAUUCAGGUGUCAUCUCAGUAGGACUUUGUAGAGUUAUUAUGUAUUUUAUCUGCAGAACAACUCAUUAUUGGUGACUACAGGUUCAACGCCAUGGGAACGAUCUACACCGGCAGAAUGAAACCAUAGUUACAGCUUCUCAUCUUUUAAACCUGGCACCCACCCUUUUUUUUUAUCUAAACUAAUACUUACUGUAUACUUGACAGCUACAGUUAAAGUAUUAAUUGCAACUAUAAACAGUUUUGUCAUUGCUGUAUGUUUUUUUCUUGUCCUCUUCAUAUUUAAAGGAACAAAUUUGACAAAGACCUAUGGAACAUGAUGUGGUUUACUUGUCAAAUUACACACAGUGCUUCUUUCCUCUUUAGUACAUGGUGCAGAUUCAGUCCUCCUUGCAGGUCAAACUGCUGCUGCUGUUACUUUUAAUAGAAUUGGACUUCCUGGUUGUGAAGCUCUGCAUUAGGUUGCCACUGACAGAGCUUGACGAAAGAUUCUCUGACAACAAUGCAAUAGGAGAUAUUGCAGAAUGUGCCUUUAAACAUCUCUACAGUAAACCGAUAAGAAUCAAGCUCACAUUUUUGUGUGAAUUUCAACCGUCAGAAUUGCUCUACUUUUUGGAACUUUACAGCUGAUACUGGGAGGCAGCGUGUGAUCAUUUUCCAUCGAUAACCUGGUAAUUUGGGUUCUGUCUGGUGUCACAAAGCAGUUUUACAGAAACAAGUUUAGAGGUUGUACAAGGAGUAUGUCCUGGUAAUGUGCGUCAUAAUUACAUUGUUUUAAACUGUUUUUGGAAGUUUGAUGAUACCAGCUUCAGCAGCUUAACAUAGCUAUGUUUUUUACAACUUGCUCCACAACAAAAACACCAUUACUUUAUUGUUUGUUAAUGUGAUGAAGCUGAGAAGUAAAUGAUAUGGCUACUUCAAAAAAAGUUAAGUUGGUUUUCCAGAAACGGUUUUGCCUCGUGUUGACAUUUCUGGGUGAGAGCUGUGGUAUUCUCCGUGUUUUUAUGCUUUUAAUACAAAUGUAGUUUAGUUUAGAAUAGCGUAUAUAAACAAGAAAAAAAAGGCAAAUAUAUCGGAUCUGCUAACUAGAGCCAGUACACGUGGGUUUAAGUAAAUUCAUAUCAGUCCCAUUAAUAUAUCCAUUAUGAACAGAGAGAGCAUUUAUUACAGCAAUUACAGCCAAAAAUCAUCUGUAGCAAAAUGCUUUAAUGCAGUACACAAAACUUUAUUAGUAUUAUGAGUUCUAAUAAAACCACCCCAGAUGUCCCGACGUGUGUUACUUGUCUUUAAAGUAAUAUACAUUACAUAGGGAAUUAAAAAAAAUAGGUUGUUUACAAGCUCCAGCAGUGCGUUUAACCCUUUUAUGAUGCACUGAAACCAGAUCACAAGCCUAUGAUUUACACAAAAGAUGUUAUUUAUUACAGCAUAAUAAUAAGGAUACAUUAGAAAAUUACAUCAGAGUAACAUGAUGUCACCUUUCCAGAUACCCCAUAAAGUACUGAAACCCAUAAUUGUUUGCACUCUUAAAUCAGCAUAUCAGUGCUCCGAUAAACAUAAGCGUGCGCUCUCUCUGCAGUCCUAAUGUGUUUAUGAUCCCGUAUAAUGCCUUUAUGAGCCAAAUGUUAGCAGUCGGAUGGCGUUUUUAACCAAUCAAAUAGCGUCUUUUAGUUUUUCUGGUGUCUGUGUCUUGGCUGUUAACCUUGCUACUCGUGCUAAUUUGAGCCAAUGUAGUAGCCAUGAUAAUUAAACCAAUUUCUGAAAAUUACAAAUGAAAUAUCUCUAAUGCCCACUUGGUUGCUUAAUAGGAGAGACAGGUUUAUAUUUGGCUUCCAUGCGAGUUGAUCUUAAUACACUACCUUUGUAAAUAGCUCCCUUGGUAUGUAGUAUUUGCAGUUAUGGCAGCUGAACAGUACCUUUUGUUAAUCCGCCCUUCGCUAAAAGCUGGUUUUGCAGCUUAAAUCUGUUAUUUUAAUCGAAAAUGUGACCGUGUUGCUUUUUGCUUUUUCCAUUAUACUGUUUUAUGAUUAGUGUGAAUUCUGUUUGAAUGUGUUUAAAACCUGCUGUUGUUAAUGUUUAGUUUUACGUCUUCUCUGUCAAGUACUUUCUACUGAUUCCUUUAAAGCAGAACCUGAAUGCGUUCCAUUUAAAGCCAUUACGACCUGUUCUGAUCCCAACUGUCUGAGCGGACGGGCUGUUUUUUAUCUUUACUCAUGAGCUUUGUUUCUAAUCUGAUCCUGUUUUUACUUUCAGAAAUUGCAAAGAUUUCCCAUUGUAUCAGAGUGAAGUUGUUAAAAUGGAUGUAUAAAUUGUACUGUAUUCACUCACUGAUCCAAUAAUGCCUUUUCUGUCAUUUUUAACAAUUUCAUAAUCAAAGUAUUGAAUUUACAGGAAGCGAGGCUCAUGUGUUAAUACAAAGGAAACCGUUAAACACUGUAUUGUCUGAAUCAGUUAAUGGUGGCUAAUGUGUUUCAAGAAAACAUUAAUUCAAUCAAGUUAUUAUUUGCUUUAUGCAUGACUGCAGAUGAUUGGAUUUUCAUGUGUGACUUAAGAUGAACUUAUCCAUCCUUUUUCAUUUACCAUCCUGUAAUAUUUACAUUAAUAAAGUCAAUGCCAGCUGGUUUAAA